AUGGCGAAAGCUCAGCAACACCAGCCGGCGAAAAAUGGGAAGCGAGGCAAAGAAAUGGCAGGCGGGCCAAGAAAAGACAAAGAACUACGGAGAAAGAAACAGAAGAAGAAAGAAUCGCAUAUAUUCCGGAAAAAGGCCUUGGCGGGUAAAGUUCGAGACGCGCUGGAUUGUUGUGUCCUGCUCACUCGUUUGGAGGAGAAAAACGAUGCCCGCAAGCGGUCAAGUGUUACAUCCAGUAAGAAAGCGCUACGUGCUCAAAGCAGGACCAAAACUCUGGUAAAAUCUCAUAAAAAGUUAAAGAAAUCCGCUUGUCAACAAGCACUGGAACCAAAAACUAGCAAAUCCGACACCUCGCUUGCUCCUGAGCCUCGCAGGAGAAGAAUGGCUUCUCUCAACGCGGAGGCCGUCAACAGCCUGCUGCUCUACAGGGCCUAUCCCUUGACGUCUAAUCUGAUUAAGAAAGAGCAGUCCUCGAAUGAAGCGCCGCGUAAAGGUGAAAGCGGACCUCAUAAAGCCAAAAAGGCUCUUCGGCAAGGGAACGCAGAUCUGAAGGAAAGUCGUCAAAAAAAGAAGCGAUCCACGGCGGAAGUCGACUGGUUGGCUUUGUUUGCCCCGACCCCUCGGCGACAGGCGGGCCUCACCGCUGCGACCCUGCUCAAACUCACCGGUUCCCUCUAUGGAAGCAAGCGGCAAAAGAAGCAGGAGUCCAAGCCCGCCAGUGAAAGUAAAGCUAAAGCUUUAACUCAGGUUGAGAUUAGUGGUAAGCCUUUAAGUGGAGCAUCACCGCAGACCAAAAGAAGAACAAAUCCAAAACACAAUGAGCAGCUAAAGCACAUUAAACAGGGUAAAGAGGAUCCGAGUUCUCCGGCCCAGAGAUUCUGUAGUCUUUGUAAAACGGAAGCUUUGGAUCCCGAGUGGAAGUCCGGUGGACAGAAUUGUUUGAAAAAUCCUCUCCACUGUGGCUGCACCCUCGGAUUUUCCUUAAAAACAAUCAAAGAAGAGCAGGAGGAGACGGACGUGACGUCCUGCUACUGCUGUAGCCAGGAGAGAUGUGUGGAAUACUGUCACAGACUAGCCCUCUUCCUCAAGGACAAGGCCGUCAAGGAGCCCGACGAGGAAGGCCCGCUCUCCGAGGUGUUCCACCACCAUCACCACCACCAUCACCAUCAUCACCUCCACCACCCGGCAGCCAUUACCAUCACGCCGCACACGUACACCUGCUUCCCCAGCUACUGCGUCCACUUCAGCCAUCCGGACACCUCGCCGUCCUCCGUGACGCCCCUCGCUCUUUGUCCAAAGAGUAGCAAGAGACCCACGUUGCUGCCCAAGUCUGUCCCUCAGCCCUCAGGGAUUUCCCAUCCAGUCUACUGCUGCACUUCUGUGGAGGCGUGCUACGGAGAACCUUGCCGGAUCAACGGCUAUUCCACGUACAGCAAUGUGAUUCCGGCCAUUGCCAGAGGAGGUUGCACCAAAUGCACCCGUGGCAUCAACAGAGAUGACUACUCAUCAACCCUCAAUGACCACCACAGCCUGUCCUCCAUCCCCGUCUGUCCGAGCCCAAGAAUCCUCACUGGCUGCCCCGUUCCCACAGUGCCUCCAGCCGGCCAAUCGGUGCCCCCCGUUCAGACGCCUCUGUCCGACCCCAGCCAACCGCAGCCCCCGCUGCAGGUGGCCAAGGAGUGUCCGCAGAGCGCCAAGCCUCCCAGCGGGUCCCGGUCCGGCGUCCGCAACGCGAGCAGCGUCAGCUCGCUUGUGUUCCCACUCAAAAAGGAAAAGAAGCAGAAGCUUGGCUCUGCCGGUGCCAGAGGGCAGGCGCUUGCCAAGCAGCCCAAGAACGGACUCCAAAAAAGCACCAACGGCUGGCGGCCUGUCGGCCUCUCCUUUGAGAAAGAAGUUUUCUGUCUGGAAGAGGAAGCUCCGGUGCUGAGAAAGUGUUACCAGGGCGUCCAGCGAGACGGAGAUCUGAUCCGGGUGCGGGACACGGUUCUGCUGAAGUCCGGGCCGAGGAAAAAGUCUCUGCCAUAUGUGGCAAAGAUCUCAGCUCUGUGGGAGGAACCCGAGACAGGAGAGUUGAUGAUGAGUUUGUUUUGGUACUACCGUCCAGAACACACACAAGGAGGACGCAACCUUAAUGUGCACUGUCAGAAUGAGAUCUUUGCAUCCCGUCACCAGGAUGUGAACAGCGUGGCCUGUAUUGAAGACAAAUGCUAUGUCCUGACACUGGCACAGUAUUGUCGAUUUUGUGCCUUGGUAAAACGGCGAGGCGAAGGCGUGCCCGACAGCCCUGCCUCCCUCCUGGUCCCCCCCGCCGUCGGCCACGCCGCGCCCAGCCACCGCCGGGCGCCGGACGACGUGGACCCAGAGCUGGUGUUCUUCUGUCGCCACGUCUACGACUUCCGCUACGGACGCCUCCUCAAGAACCUGCAGUAG